AUGGAGAUACCAGAUGACGUGGAGUUACCAUUCCAUUCCACCAGCGUCCACUUGCUCUCUUCCAUUUCCGCUUUCAUGUGCCCCAACAUUCUUGUGUGCGCCCUUUCGUCCAAUCACUGCUUCUCCACCUGCCUCGUCAAUGCUGUCUCACUCCACUCAAAACGCCUCCAUAUGGUGGUGCUGCAGCUCUUCCUGGCACGCACAAGGGUGAGUGAAAGUGCUGUGAGCGCCAUGUGCCAAUACUGUGCCUCAUUCUCUCCCACCCUCCCCUACCCACUUUGCUGGGCGCUGGUGGGUGCUAAUGGGUGUUGGUGGGUGCUGACGGGUGCAAUUGAUCGUUUUCACCAUCACAAGCACCUCUGGGCGUUGCUGGCACAGCUGCUGCAGGGCAGCAAGGUGCAGCACGUGGUGCUCGUAUCACAGCUGGAGGCCUCCUCGCACCCCUCAGGUCUGGCGGGGCUGCUCUGGUCUGCCUCGCCACUAGCAGCAGUGGCAGAGGUGGAGGCAGCACUCGCUGCUGCUGUGGCAGCAGGUGGUGACCGGGAGAGGGGGGCAGCCGGGGAGGCGCGGAGACAGGGCUUUGGGUCAGAGCGACACAGUGAAGCAUUUAAGUGUCAGGAGGAGAAUGUGGCAGUGGUGGUGGCUGUUCUUCCUCCCCUCUUCCAAUCCCUAUGGUCUCGUCUCAUCAGGUCUCCCCCCACCACCCUUCAGGCCAGCGCCACGAGGGGCAGUGUGUCAAGGGAGGAUCUGGCAGCCAUGGUGGCAGCAGCGCUGGCAGUGCCACUGCCCCCGCAGCACAGACGCAUCAUUGAGGUGGGCGUGUGGGUGGGUGGGACGUGUUGGGUGGGAUGA